GGACCUGCCCUGAAACUGUAACACCACUCCCUGGCAUGCAGAAUAACAGACGUGCACUGCCUGGAAUGCCUUCUGGGCUGGCUGUUGUCUCCAGCUUGCCUCUGGUCCUCCUCCCCUCGCUGGCAGUGCACCGCUGUGACAGUUUCCGGGGGAACAAGCCACUUUUCCUCUUCUGUCCCUUUUGCUAAGCCAUCUCCAGGGUCAGUUUUAUCGGACAUCAUGGCCAUCAGGAUAUUUGGUGUUUUAGCAAAAAUCUUCUUUGUUGCCUUUUUAAUAAUUACUCUGUGUCCAAUAAAGAUUUUUUAAAUUCCUUUACCAAAAAAACAAAACAAAAAGCCUCUUUCACAACUGUAUGAUGUUGUAAAGAAGGCUUCUAGAAAUAUUUUUUCAUGAAGUAGCUUGUCAGUAAGGUCACAAUUUUUUUUUUUUUGGCUUGGCAGCAUACAUUUUGACAGGUAAAUUUUAUUGUUUGGGAGUUGUUUCCUGUCUUCUGACGUUUGUGACAUAUUUCAUUAGAUAACCAGUUCAUCGCUGAUAGUAAUCAUUACCUUGUAUCACUAACGCUUGCAGCGAAAAAUAAAACUCACUGUGGACUGCCUCUGCCGGUCCUGCUAAUUUCUGAUGUAGUGACUCAGAGGGCGGGUGAGAGAGGACAUUCACUGGGUGCUGCUGUGUUUCCAGGUGGGAGUGACGUCUCAGAAGACCAUGAAGCUGCUUCCGGCCACCAGAGGCAGCGCCACACAAAAGGUGGUUAUUGGAGAUCAUGAAGGGGUAGUUUUGUGCUUUGGCAUGAAGAAAGGAGAAGCAGUGGUAGUGUUCAAGACUUUACCGGGGCAGAAGAUCGCAAGAUUGGAGCUAGGAGGCAUUCUUAACACACCCCAGGAGAAAAUUUUUGUUGCUGCAGGAUCUGAGAUUCGAGGUUUCACAAAAAGAGGAAAACAGUUCCUCUCUUUUGAAACAAACCUCACUGAAAGCAUUAAAGCUAUGCACAUAUCUGGCUCAGACCUCUUUCUCAGUGCGAGUUACAUCUAUAGCCAUUAUUGUGACUGCAAAGACCAGCAUUAUUACCUUUCCGGGGACAAAAUCAAUGACGUCAUCUGCCUUCCCGUGGAGCGGCUGCCUCACCUGACACCGGUGCUGGCCUGUCAGGACCGACUUCUGCGCGUGUUACAGGGAUCAGACGUGGUAUUUGAAAUUGAAGUUUCUGGCCCACCUACUGUCUUAGCUCUACACAAUGGAAACGGCGGUGACUCUGGAGAAGACGUUUUGUUUGGAACGUCAGAUGGAAAACUUGGGCUCGUUCAGAUCACUGCACCCACGCCAACACACAAGUGGGAAAUCCUAAAUGAGAAAAAGCGGGGAGGUAUUUUGUGUGUUGACAGCUUUGACAUUAUGGGUGAUGGAGUUAAAGAUUUACUUGUUGGGAGAGAUGACGGAAUGGUGGAAGUGUACAGUUUCAAUAAUGCAACUGAACCUGUUCUGCGCUUUGAUCAGGCGCUGUCUGAAAGUGUCACAUCUAUCCAGGGAGGUUGUGUGGGGAAAGAUGGCUAUGACGAAAUCGUAGUAUCCACAUACUCAGGCUGGGUGACCGGGCUGACCACGGAGCCAGUGCACAAGGAGGGCGGGCCCGGCGAGGAGCUCCGGCUCAGCCAGGAGACGCAGCACAAGCUCUCCUGCCUGCGGAGUGAGUUGGAGCAGCUGCAACUGAAGGUAGCACAGGAAAGAGAGAGGUAUCAACAGUCUUCACAGUCAAGCCAAGCAAAAUCAGCGGUGCCUUCCUUUAGCAUAAAUGACAAGUUUACAUUAAAUAAAGACGAUGCCAGCUACAGCCUCAUCUUGGAAGUGCAGACCGCCAUAGACAAUGUCUUAGUGCAGAGUGAUGUCCCCAUAGACCUACUUGAUGUGGACAAGAAUUCCGCUGUUGUCAGCUUCAGCAGCUGUGACGCUGAGUCCAGUGACAACUUCCUUCUCGCCACUUACCGGUGCCAGGCGAACACCACGAGGCUGGAGCUCAAGAUCCGCUCCAUUGAAGGCCAGUACGGCACGCUCCAAGCAUAUGUGACUCCAAGAAUUCAACCCAAAACCUGCCAGGUCCGCCAGUACCUUAUCAAGCCCCUUUCACUCCACCAGAGAAGCCACUGUAUCGAUCGCGACAGACCCGUGAACACACUGACUUUAACGGGCCAGUUCAGUUUUGCGGAAGUUCACUCCUGGGUGGUGUUUUGCCUUCCUGAGGUUCCCGAGAAACCUCCGGCCGGAGAAUGCGUGACAUUCUACUUCCAGAACACCUUUCUGGACACACAGCUGGAAAGCACCUACAGAAAAGGAGAAGGAAUUUUUAAAUCUGACAACAUUUCAACUAUAUCCAUUCUAAAAGAUGUGCUCUCUAAAGAAGCUACAAAAAAGAAAAUUAACCUCAACAUUUCAUACGAGAUCAAUGAGAUGUCAGUAAAGCACACUCUAGAGCUCAUCCACCCAAAGCUGGAGUACCAGUUGCUUUUGGCUAAGAAAGUGCAGCUAAUUGAUGCUUUAAAAGAAUUGCAAGUUCAUGAAGGAAAUACAGACUUCCUGAUACCAGAAUAUCGCUGCAUUCUAGAGGAGGCAGAGCGCCUGCAGGAGGAGUACAAGAGGCAGCCGGCACACCUGGAGAGGCUCUAUGGGAUGAUCACCGAUCUUUUUAUAGAUAAGUUCAAGUUCAAAGGCACCAAUGUAAAAACCAAAGUACCUCUUUUACUGGAGAUUCUGGACAGUUAUGACCAAAACACACUGAUUGCUUUCUUUGAUGCUGCAUGAAAGUAAGGUAAAGUUCUGGAGAAGUUGUCUCUUUAAAUGAAAAUGUUAAAACAAAAUUACAAGUUAACUGUGCAUACUUUAUUUCAAACUACAGGCCGGUGCACAAAAUUUGUGCAUAGGUGGGGACCCUGGGGGUGGCCUGCGGAGACUGGGUCCUAGCUUGCAGCCCCAGCCUCGCAGCCCCGCAGCCCUAUCUGACACCCCGCCUUGGCCUGGCGCCACCUGCUCGCCGGCUCCACCAUCCCGCGACAGUCCGGCUGUCAUCAGGGCCGUCUGGGCGGCAGCGCCUCCACUGCCACCCACUGCCAGCACCGUGUCACCAACGGCCGCCAUGUACCGCGCCGCUCCCUGGUGGUCAGUGUACGUCAUAACGAGCAGUUGCACUUCUGAUCAAUGACUGCCGGAGAGACAAUAAGCA